AGAGAUGUCUAGUUGAACUCGUCGAGAUGACUAGUUGUAAAUAAUCCAAAGGGGUUGAUUUCAUGUCAUAAUUAAAAAGGGGGGAAGUGGGGGAUGGCUGAGUCAACCCAUCAUGUAAGGUAAGGGGCUCAUUUUUUUUUAAUGGCCUGUAGUAGUACGUAAAAAUUAGUGUUAAAUGUUUUUCAUAUUUUAUAUUUGUUAUAACUUCAAUUUGAUUUUGUUUUAAAACCAUAUGAAUUGCGCUCAUUUUGACAUGUGUUAGAAAGAAGUAUUUCAGUCAGUUUAUGAUCAUCCGCAAAGGCAAUCUUGUUACUACCUAAACCAAUAUUUAGUACAUUUUGCAUAACUUUGGAUCAUGUACGAAACCCGCACUUGGUAGGAUUACUUAAUACAAUGGUUCAUAAGGUUUAAUUAUUAACAUUAUUCCCCGGGGAGUUCGAUUAAAAAAAUAAAAACACAUGGUCGGGAAAUUGACGCGAACAAGGGUGGACCAAUGGUAAACAUGCCACGUGUUCUCUUGCCAGGCAGCUUGGUUGCAGUGACAGCUAAUUAAGCUGGAGUGUGUAGUAGAUAGAUAAGAUAGUUGCCGACAGUUUAAGCUAACGGAAAGUGAAGUCCAAAACCAAGAAAGACAAAGUUAACAUAAAGCUUGACGUGGGUUACAAAAUUGUCCUUUUAGGAGCAUCAAUUUGGACCGUUUGAUGAUUACCUUUUCCGGGGUGGUUGAUUCCAACUGCCAUAUGCCGGGUUUGAUGAUGAUGAUGAUCUAUGAAGACGGUGGAAUGGUUGCUUGAAGUUGUUCAUUGGCCUGAGUUGGUUAGAGAUUACGAAGGACUAACAACUUGAACCCAAAUUCAUUGGCUUAAGCAUAUCAGAUUUAUUCAUGACUAAAACAAUAUUGUGCCCCAAAUGGGAUACAAAAUUACCAAUAACAGUGCCUUGGAUGUGCAGCUAUGGGCAAUUAGCACUUAGAUACACAUUAACGUGGCCUGGUAAUUUUGUUUCUAUGUCAAAAGUAACGAAAACGGUGGAUCUAAUUCAUAUUAUCAAAGGAUAUUGUUGAAGCCACUUUAUUCUGAACCCACCUUUUGGUCUCUGGCAUGAGCGUUCACCUCGUCAGGCGCACAGACCCUGCACAGGCAAACGCCUAGUGGGCUUUGGACUGCCCGUUAGCACUCCGACGCCCAAGUCAGAGUAGGGUUUAGAGAAAUAAGUAAUCUGAGAGUUUUUAGUGAGAGAAGCCCACCUUCUUAAAUGCUACCUACCGGGUACUAUUUAUACUCGUCAAGGUCCCGACCAGACUCGUAGAAUUCAGCUCCACGUCAGCGCGUCAUUAAAUGCUUGGUACGGCCCAACGGUCGGACAUCUACACGUGGCAGCUCCUGGACCCCGGUGCCCAGGCGCCUGGCAGGACCACACUUCCAGGUGGCACGCUCUCAGCUUCCUGGUCUCGAAGCUGCGCGGUCCCCGCAUCCACUUUUGUCGUUAUGCGCCCGCUCCUCCUUGUAUGGGCCCAACUCCUUCUUUGUUCCUCACUCAUGCUCUCAAUUGGGCUUGGGUCCAACCAAGCCUCCUGGGCUUGUAUGGGCCCAACUCCUGGUUUGUUCCUCACUCAUGCUCUUAGAUGGACUUGGGUCCAACCAAGCCUCCUGGGCCCAUGUCCCCCAUUGGUUCACUCAUGCUCACCCAACAAUUGUCCCUCAGUUAGGCGCUCAUGGUUGAUAAUGAGUGCCUAACUAUAUGUAGCACAUGAGUGGUCGUUUCGACGAAGGUUACUGUCCUUUGAACGGAAGGUGAGGAUGAAAGGACUUGAUGGCGCGCAUCCCUAUAUCUGACCGUUGGGAUUCCUUCUCCUAUAAAUAUUGUCCGCCGCCUCCCUCCAUAGUUCAUUCGCCUCAAAUCUUUCUCUCUCAAAACUUCUCUCUCUAAGUGAGUUUGCCAAAUUCAAUUGUUGCCCCCCCCCCCCCUUUUUAGGCGCCCUUAGCUAUCUAAGAUAGUGGAAUUGAUCCUGCCCCGUUUGCGUCAACAUUAUAGGCCAUGCGCUUGGAUCUCCACAACCGUCCUAGUUGGAGAUGUCCCCCAUAUCGACUAACUCAGGCGCCUCGGAAGAUGGGUCGGUAAAAAUUAAAAAUUGGGCGGACACAUGGCCAGCAGGGGAAGCACCCCUUGAGACCUGCCACUUGACCGUUGCGAAAGAGUCCUUCUACGAGAGUGGUGCUUCGUUCACCAGAGGUGCUAGAGCUUUUUUCUUCAUUAAAGCGUGUAAAGAGUCCUUCUACGAGAGUGGUGCUUCGUUCACAAGAGGUUGGGCAGUUGGCAACGCAGAGGCGUUUAAUGUUGAGGCGCCCUUGACCACAUACGAGGAAAUUGAAAGCGCUCGCCUUUUAUCAUUGCACCCAGUGGACUUAAGUUCUACGGCCGCUAGGACGCCUGUUCUACACGAGUACUAUCGUGAUGGUGGGAGCCUAUUAUGUCACAUCCCGAUUUCUAAAACACUUAAAUAACAAUUUUGCUCCAGAGCAUAUUUAAAAUUUUGAAAGAAAGAAACAAUAAUGUGCUCGAAAUACCAAUACUGAAAAUACACCUUAUAAUUUAAAAGCAAAGCCCUAACAUUUGGGCAAACCUCAAUCCAUAAAGUCUUAUCCUUUUAAAUCUCCAGCCAUGACUCAUAAUCAUAAAUCAAAUAACUAAAGAUACAAAUGCGGCUUACUCCGAUCCGUGGUCAGACAUCUUCAGAAGUGCUCACGUGGUCCUCCUCGGGUAGCCUGCUCUCUCACUGGAUGCUCCUCGACUGGAUGCUCCCUAGCCCCUCCUCUACGACCUGGUGAGUGGGUUGGGGUCAGUCUACGCCAUUACUUAAACUUGAAGCACUUACGGGUAUUCCCUUAAGUGUUCACCUCAAAAACCCGUGGAAGUUAUUUAUACUUCCACCCUUUAAACUUUAACCCUUAAAAACGUGGGAGUUGUUGUUACUCGCCACCCUCAAAAAUCUUAAACCUUUGACUGACACUGGGAUCCCCUCACUAACUAGUCCAGCCGCCCAGCUCAUACGUAUGAGGGCCAACAUAGGCCUUUCCUUAAACCUGUUUAUGGGAGUAAUCGAUUCAACCCCAUAAACCUUAAGAGUAUAUCAUACUCUUCCUUUAAACUUCAUGUGAUGUCUAAGUGAUUCAUCCACAUGUUCCUUAAGAGCAAACUCGCUCUUCCUUUAAACUUUCACUGGGGCGGGGGACUGGCGUUAGUGAACUACUUUUAAAUCUUUUCACCCUAAUUUAAUUAGGAGUGAGACACCUAUUAAAUGCUAAUCCUUAAAGAUCAAACAACCUUCAUUAAAUGAACAUAAUAUAAAAGAUUCAAGUAAAUAAUGAAAGCUCAAAUAAUCAUAUACUUCACAAUCAUAACUCAAAUAGAGCAUCUCAGGUAAUAUCUCAAAUAAAACACGAUUUAUCAAUCACGACAUAAAUCAAUCACUGGCAUACAAUUCACAUAAAAACACACACACUUAAAACUCGUAAGUCAGAUACUUGAAAAUAUGUAAGGCGUAGAAUUUACCCCCUUAAACCACUCACCUCUCAAAUGACGAUUCUUAGUUCCCUUGACGUGAAAUCUUUAAUCUGAUUGCUCCCUUAAUCCUAUAAACCGAAAUAUCUUCCCUUAGUCGGUAAUCAUAAUAUUUUAGUCACUUUGGCGUAUUGGGGAAAAUUUCCCUCAUUGAUUACUUAGUCCCAAAAUCCUUUAAAAAUGACCCUCAAUCUCUUUUAAAUCAUUUCUUCAAAACUAAACUUUUCAACCUCUUUAAUCAAGAAUUAAUUCAUCUCAAGCAAUUCAAUAUUUCUUAAAAUAAUUCUCAUACAAUUCUCAUAAACUUCUCAAAAUAUAUUUUCCACUUAAAACUCCACAUUCUGACCUUGGUUAACUCAAAUCAUUAAUCCCAAUUAAUAAACAUAAGCCCCUCUUUUAAAUAACCUCUUUUUCCUAUUAAAAUUAAUCAUAUAUAUAAUUUUUAAACCGAGUCACGAAAACUAAUAAUUCUGAUUCAUAAUUUUAUAACAUCAAUAAAUAAUCCUAGUUUCAUGGAAAAUUAUCAAAUCACCAAAAAGACGUCGUACAGUAUUUUAAUUAAUUAAAACCAACAUUCGUUCAAUUUUUAUAAAUACAAAUACAGAUCCAAAAAUUCUAAAAUUCAUACACGAGCAUCAUACAAUUAAUUUCAAAUUUAUAAAAUUAUCAACUAAUGAAAAUACCCACGAAAAAGUGUCGGAAAUUAACAUAACCAUGAAAAUUACGAUUUUCGGGCCAAAUUAUCAAAACUUAAAACUCAGAGGGACUAAACUGUUCAUACUGAACACUUGAGGGACUGGUCUGGGAAUUUGCACAUCAGUCUUUAGCGACGGUCAUCUUUGUCACUAAAAGACUGUAAGUUUC